GGGUCGCCGGACGCGGAGCGCGGCAGGCGGAGGAAGCCCUGGGGAGGAGGCGGGGCCCUUUGAGCGAGCGGCGCAGGCGGCCAGGCCAGGAUGCGCCUGGCAUCCCGCGGCAGGCAGCCCGCCAUCCCCGUGCAGCGCCAGCCGCCUCUCCUCCGCCCGGGCCCGGGGCGCUGAGCCGCCCCCUCCCCUCGGCUGCGCCAUGGCGGCCCCCGGCAACAUCGUGUCCGUUAUGGCGAGUAAGACCAAGACCAAGAAGAAGCACUUCGUGGCGCAAAAAGUGAAGCUGUUCCGGGCCAGCGACCCGCUGCUCAGCGUCCUCAUGUGGGGGGUCAACCACUCGAUCAAUGAACUGAGCCAUGUUCAAAUCCCUAUUAUGUUGAUGCCAGAUGAUUUCAAAGCAUAUUCAAAGAUAAAGGUGGACAAUCACCUUUUCAACAAAGAAAACAUGCCAAGUCAUUUCAAAUUUAAGGAAUAUUGUCCAAUGGUAUUCCGCAAUCUGAGAGAGAGAUUUGGAAUAGAUGAUCAGGACUUUCAGAAUUCCUUGACGAGAAGUGCUCCACUUGCUAAUGAUUCUCAAACACGAAGUGGUGCCCGUUUUCACACCUCAUAUGACAAAAGAUAUGUUAUCAAAACUAUAACAAGUGAAGAUGUAGCAGAAAUGCACAACAUUCUGAAGAAAUAUCAUCAGUAUAUUGUAGAGUGUCAUGGGAUUACGCUUCUUCCCCAGUUUUUUGGCAUGUACCGGCUUACCGUUGAUGGAGUUGAGAUGUAUAUGAUUGUAACAAGAAAUGUGUUUAGCCAUCGUUUGUCUGUUUAUAGAAAAUACGAUUUAAAGGGCUCUACUGUGGCUAGAGAAGCCAGUGACAAAGAAAAGGCCAAAGAGCUGCCAACAUUCAAAGACAAUGAUUUUAUUAAUGAUGGCCAAAAGAUUUAUAUUGAUGAAAACAACAAAAAGGUGUUCCUUGAAAAGCUCAAAAAGGAUGUGGAGUUCCUUGCUCAGUUAAAACUCAUGGACUACAGCUUGCUGCUUGGAAUUCAUGAUGUUGAGAGAGCUGAACAGGAAGAGGUAGAGUGUGAGGAAAAUGAUGGAGAAGAUGAAGGGGAAAGUGAUGGGACCCACCCUGUUGGAACGCCUCCAGACAGUCCAGGAAAUACACUGAACAGCUCACAGCCUUUGGCUCCAGGGGAAUUUGAUCCAGCCAUUGAUGUUUAUGGAAUAAAAUGCCAUGAAAAUGCACCUAGGAAGGAGGUAUACUUUAUGGCCAUUAUUGACAUUCUUACUCAUUAUGAUGCAAAAAAGAAAGCUGCCCAUGCUGCAAAAACUGUUAAACAUGGUGCAGGUGCAGAGAUUUCAACCGUUAACCCUGAACAGUAUUCAAAGCGCUUCUUGGACUUUAUUGCCAACAUCUUGACGUAACCUAUCAUGUGACAUAGGACAGACACAAGACCUGGGGACAGCAUCGGUGGCUACAAGUGUAGGGAAAAGAAAGGAACUCAGAGACGUGCUCAUCUUGCAGAAAGCAACCCCCUUGUUUACAUCUGCUGGCAAAGAUGAAUAAUUUGGGGUGGAAUACUCGCUUUAACAGCUGCCUGAUAUUCCCAGCAUAGUUCUAGCUAUUUCUGACUUUUUUUGUGUGUGCAAAAAUAUAUAUAUAUAAAUUAAUUAAUUGAAAAGAUCAGCUUGACUCAGAGUGCAUUGCAAUGGCAACACUCCGAUGCUACUAGCUGAAAUGGAAUGAAUGAGCAGAGGUGUGAGGGUGGGAGAGGAGUAAAUGCAUGUUAAAUCUACAAUAUUGGUAUCAAAUUGUAAACUGUGGAUCAGUUUAUUUUUUGAAUGAAAGGAUGCAAGACAGUAUUCAUGAUGAUGAUGAUAAUGAUAAUAAUAAAAAAACCUUUACUGCGAAUGUUACACUUAUACCCUGCACGCUGGCACUCCUUAAAAAUAGCAGCAACAUUAAACCCUUGGUGCUGGAAGCUUUUCUGUUAGCUCCAUUGCUUUUUUUUUUUCUUUCCCCAUCCACACAUUGCAUCAGGAAGUCCAGACUCCCAAGAGUCCAAGAGCUAAUGUCUCUUGUUUUACAAAGAGCUAAAGCCAUAUUCAUGCUGCAUAUAUGUUUUUGCUAUAGUGAAUUUGUCAGGAGGAAAACCUGUUUAUUUCACUUUUAUUACCUGAUUUUUUUUCAUUGUUAUACUGUUAUAUUCUUGCAAUAUAUGAGCUAAUAAUGCUACAAGGGGGAAAAAAGCUUAUUUGAAGAAGUGCAUAGUUUUGGGCAAUAGUAACUACAUCUUCCAGCCCAGGAAGGUGAGCAGAGUGAUAGAAAUCUCCAUUCUCCUCUAAUCUAAUGAGAAUCCGAAUUUUAAAUGCUUAUAUUGUACUGUUUAAACAGUGGUAUUUUAUUAUAAAUUAUCCCUCUAAAAAUCAAUCCUGAAUUUUACUGUUUACAUUAUUAGGAAAACAGGGAUACUUUUGAAUUUCAGUGUUUGUGUACAGUAUGUGAUUUUAAAGUUUACAUGUAAAGUUAUUUUGCAGUACAGAUGAAGUAAUUUUUGUCAUCUCUCGAGGUGUAACUUGCAGAAGUGUACUAAAGUAAUGUCUCAUUCGCCUCCACGGUAGAGUCUCCUUUACAAUAAACGGAGAAAGGUUGUUUUUGAGGGGUUUUUUUUCAAAUGUUCUUUAUCUUAAAUGACUUGUUUUAGUACUUCCCAAAUUUGGUUGUAUAAAACAUUGCCUAAAACUGUGCUGAUCAUGUUUAACCUGUUAAAAAUUUUAAACAAUGAUACUGUAUUUACUUUCCUUCUUUCCUGUAUUUUUUUCUGACAGGUUCCAAGCUUAAAAAGUGAGACACAAAAUUAGACAUGCUUAAAGUUUAUCUACUUAUACACUGUGCUAAAGCUGUGCCUUUAAAGCUCUUCAUUGAAACAGUUGUUUUUAUAGGCAAUUUAGAAAACAAACUCCCACCCUCCCACCAUAACUUAUAACUUAACAAACCCAGGAGUGCCAGGAUGCCUUCUCCAAUAACUUAAUGUCAGUGCUGUUAAGACUGCAACCGUGCAUAAUGUAUGUAGUGUUUACUUCAGAAAAACCUAUUAAAAAAGCAGCAGAACUGAAUCUUCGGCAGCCAAAGGCAAUACCAUCCCUAUUGCUGUGUACUGAUUU